CGUCGGUCCCCGGUCACUCCCUGUCGGCGUCGGCGGCGGCCGCGGCCAUGCGCGAAGAAGCGGCAGCGCCAGCACUUCUUCAUCCGAGCUCCCUUCGGGCCUGACCGAGCGACCGGACGGCGUCUUCGGCCUUCGGUCUUCGGUCUUCGGUCUUGUCGCGCGCAGUGAAAGAAACCCAAGAGGUCGGGGAAAGGACCGGAGAGCACCGGAGAAGGAUCGGAGAGGACCGGGGAUGGUCGUUCCCGGCGCGUCUUCCCUCAGCCGGACCUCGCUGGCCACGGACGCGCGCAGAUGUUUGCAGUGAAGAGGUCAUAAGAGGUGGACUUGAAGGUGUGGAGGAGAGCUGAAAGUCAUGGGUAAAUCCAACAGCAAGCUCAAGCCAGAGGUGGUGGAGGAAUUGACGAGAAAAACCUACUUUACAGAAAAAGAGGUGCAACAGUGGUACAAAGGCUUCAUUAAAGAUUGUCCCAGUGGACAGCUUGAUUCUGUGGGAUUUCAGAAGAUAUACAAGCAGUUCUUUCCCUUUGGAGAUCCCACAAAGUUCGCCUCUUUUGUCUUCAAUGUGUUUGAUGAAAAUAAGGAUGGACGCAUCGAGUUCUCAGAGUUCAUCCAAGCGUUGUCUGUGACUUCUCGGGGAACUCUGGAUGAGAAACUGAGAUGGGCUUUCAAGCUAUAUGACUUGGAUAACGAUGGCUUCAUCACCCGCGAUGAGAUGUUGAACAUAGUAGAUGCCAUUUAUAAGAUGGUGGGAAACACCGUGGAUCUGCCGGAAGAAGAAAACACACCAGAAAAGCGAGUGGACCGCAUUUUUGCAAUGAUGGACAAGAACGCAGACGGGAAACUGACUCUGCAGGAGUUUCAGGAGGGCUCCAAGGCCGACCCUUCUAUUGUUCAAGCGCUGUCUCUCUACGAUGGUCUAGUCUAAGAAUGUAAGGUGAGCGGCGUAUUCGUGUGCGAGCCACGUGCACACCGAGCCAAGGGGAAGUUGCGACAAGCCAAUAUUUUGCCAUCCUUGUGUCAUCUGAGCAAAUUCAAAAAGGAAGAAAAAUCAGCGAAUGGCCUAAAUCCAGAGCGAAGCAGCUGCUUUCGCCUCACGGUUUGUUCUUAUGAAUUAUUCAAGCGACCCACUUGUUUGCUGGCAAUCAAAUGGUGUUUGAAUGCCGAGCGAAGAGCCUCCUCCGCCGCCUCGUAAUCCACCGGCCGCUGCGCUCCUCUGCCAAUUGUUGCUGACAUGGUGCUCGGCGUUUUGUCAGCUGCGAAGCCAGCUUGUGAAUGCAUAUUUUCAACACACCAUUCAAAGUGAUCAUCGUGCAUGGCGUGAGCAAAGACGUGUUUUCUCCUAACCCCGCGAAACGGAUCCGCUUUAGCGUUGGAAUCAGACAAAUCCUGCCCCGUAAACGAGCGCAUUGCGGCCUCCCGGCGAUGAAUCUCGAGUGAGUGGACUGACAUUCGGCAGACGCCAGUUUGUGUCUCCACCGAGGAUUGUGGACACAUCUUCUGACGCCAUUUCCACAUGGUUCUGCCGCUACUGCGUUGCGUGUGCUGUCUGUGCACACGCUUUCCCCGCCAAACGUCCCAGGAGACGAAUCCCUUUGGAGGCUUUUCCAGACUUUUUCCACAAGGAGAAGCAGAAAGCUGUCAUCAUGUGCUGUCAUCCCGGACUCCAGAGUUGAACAUGGAAAAGUGUGUUACAAGUUGAACACUCAUGGAAAGUUACAAAGCAGUGUCUUGUCAUAUGUAAAUAGGGUAUUAUGCUAAUUUACCGUAGUUCCUGCUUUGCUGCCUUCAAGAGUUGUUCACCUCUUAAAAAAUAAAUGAAGUUUUACUUUUCAUCAAAGUUGUUGAAAUGUUUUGCACUGCAUUUCCCCCCCCCCCCCCAUUUUUUUGUCCACGUUAUAUUUGCCCAGCUGUGUUUAGCCAGAGCAUGUGAUCGUGCCUUCUACCAAUCCUUAAUCAUUUCUCUUGCAGCGGUCACACGUGUUUAGCACUGUCACUGAUGUUAUGCCUUAUGCAAAUGAUAGUUUACUGAAUGACAAAUGCCAUUUACCUGUCAUUGAUCAGUAUGAGAGCACAUAAUAAAUGCAUUUA